CUCUUUGACUCAGCCUAUGAGACAGCUGCUUGGAGGAAGUCUGCCAUUGUGUUCUGAAUAAACGGGAAAGUGAAAGCGCUGACAUUUUAUUCAGGUCACUGGGUGCACUGCUUUUUCGUUUGCAAACGGACGAAACGUUUGUCGGUCGCUUUCUACCAGCUGUCCUCCUUCUCCGCUACAUUAAUGUUAGCUUAGCUUGCUAGCAUGAUGGCAUGCGUGUAAAUGGGAGAGCUCUUCCUCGCUACGUUUAUCUAAAGAGGCAGUUCUACUUUCAGUGGCCGAUCAAGUGAACAACAAACCGCUAUCGCCCCAGACGCUUCCCGUAAAAGGUUGAAGAACUGCCAUGGAGCAGUCCGCGGCUAUGGGCUGUGUGAACAUUGGCAGUCUGACCAGCACCUUGCCGGUGAUCCCCUACCAGAAGCUGACCGACCUGUACUACCUGAGCAGAGGGGGCUUCGGCACCGUGUUCAAGGCGCAGCACUCCGACUGGAGGACCACUGUGGCCAUUAAGUGCCUAAAGCUCGACUGUCCUGUGGGAGAAAGGGAGAGGAACUGCCUGCUGAAGGAGGCAGAGGUGCUCCACAAAGCCAGAUUCAACUACAUCAUCCAGAUCUUUGGCAUCUGCAACGAGCCCGAGUUCUUCUGCAUAGUCACAGAGUUUAUGAGCAAUGGCUCUCUGGACCUGUUACUCCACGAGAAGGACAUGUACCCUGUGCUUGCCUGGCCUUUGCGAUUGAGGAUUGUUUAUGAAAUUGCACUUGGGGUUAACUUCCUUCACAACAUGAACCCACCACUCCUGCACCAUGAUCUAAAGACACAGAACAUACUGCUGGAUGGUGAAAUCCAUGUUAAGAUUGCAGACUUUGGCCUUUCUAAGUGGCGGCAGCUGUCUGUCAGUAAAGGCUCAGGAUCCAAGCCCACAGAAAUGGGGGGCACAGUGAUCUACAUGCCCCCUGAGGAGUAUGAACCAUCCAAGAGCCGCCGCGCCGAUGUGAAACAUGACAUGUACAGCUAUGCUAUCAUUAUGUGGGAGGUGCUCUCCAGGCAGAUUCCAUUUGAAGAGGUGACAAACCCCAUGCAGAUCAUGUUCAGUGUGCUACGCGGGAUGCGUCCUGACACAAGCCUGGACAGCCUGCCCGCUGACAUCCCCAGCAGAGAAACCCUCAUCAGUUUAAUGACAUGCGGCUGGACCUCUAACCCUGAUGAACGGCCUUCCUUCCUCAAGUGUUUGAUUGAGCUGGAGCCCAUGGUGAGGAGUUUUGAUGAAAUUGACUUCCUAGAGGCUGUGCUGGAGAUCAAGAGGUCAAAGCUAAGGCAGAGAUCAGGCUGCUGUUCAGCUCAGCCAGUGGCCGAGAAGAAGGUGGAGGAGGGAUCUCUGAACAUGCUGAAGGACAGAUCCAGCCCCUGGCCGGAGGGCUUCACCUCAGGCUCAGGCUCAGACAUAUCUCUACCCGGUGCCCUCACCAGCAGCAACGCUGCACCAUCUAAAGAUGGCCUUCCAUCAUCAUUCAUAGCUCACACUCUGGAGCCUCCCGAGUCUCUGAAGGACCACUGUGCAGGCAACAAUCUGAACGGAUACCAGAGCGCCAGGCCCCUGAACGAUCUGAAUAUUCCAGUCAGACCAGCCAUGCCCGUCACUGAGUAUGAGACGCAGCUGGACAAUCUCACUCUCAAGCCGCAGCCUUUGAAACAAGUAGAUUACUCUGCCCCUCUGGACCACUCUCCAGCUUCACCAGGCCCGAUUGCCCAGUGGAUCUCAACACGGCGUGAGGAAAUCGUCUCCCAGAUGACGGAGGCCUGUCUGAACCAGAGCCUGGAUGCCCUUCUGGCUCGCUCCAUGCUGAUGCGAGAAGAUUAUGAGCUCGUGGUGAACCAGCGCACACGCACUGCCAAGGUCCGCCAGCUCCUGGAUAACUGCCACAGACACGACGAAGACUUCUGCCGCAUUAUCGUCCGCAAGCUGCAUGACAACAAGCAGAUGGGCCUCCUACCAUACCCAGCUGAGCUCAACUUCCCUUCCCCAUCCCUCGGCCCAAGCGCACCGCCCCUGUCCACGUCCUGUAAUAUACCCCGGAACAUGUAGCAGCAGUCGCAGCCAAGCAGUGGAAACAAGCCAGAUUAUAGACUGUGCCAACUUUACACUACAGUUGACUCUUCCUGGUUCCAUUGUCAUUAAGACUGCCAUCAUGGUUCCUGUCGGUCCUUCCCUCAAAAAGGGAGGAACUGAGAUAUGGUUGGCUGAGCAAAAAGACUCACACGUACAACGCUGUUGGCUUCAAAUUUAAUGUCCACUCAUCAACGAGUUUUAUUCUGUAUAAUCAGAAUCAAAAGAUUUUGACUGAAUCAGUGAUUUUAUUUAACAGUGUUUAUUUAUAGUCCUUUAUUUCUCACUGGACUUAUUACAGGGUUUCACUCCUUAUGAUGUGUUGUGCAGUUUGUCUUAAAAACUCAGCAUUAAUUGAUAAUAUAUGUAGCUUAUUAGUUGUGUGUGUGUGUGUGUGUGUGUGUGUGUGCGCGCGCGUGUGUGUGUGUGUGUAGAAUUCAAACAUCCUGAAUACACUCAGUUGAUCUGAGUAGGUGACAGGAGGACUGUUAACAUGCUGGAAAACCUAGAGCAAAAAAAGGUUUAUUCCUAUUAUAGCAAUCUAAUCUUAAAGUACCAUGGUGUCAUGGGUUCACUCUCCUGAUAACGCUGACCACCUAUGUGAAGUGAGAAUGUGUCUGUCACAGCAACAAAGAGUGUCUUUGUUAUAGGAUGUGUGGUUCAAUAUAAAGACAAAGUGGUGGGAAAAAGCACAGUCAAGUGUGCAAGAUGUACUUCAGAGCUGUUGAUGGUCUGUUUCUGAAAGUGACAAGCUUCACAUAACUCAGCUGAAAUGUUGGGAUGAGCUGCGGUCUUGGUCGGCUGUGGUCAUGUGACUUUUGCCCCCUGCCUGGGCUCUUUCUCCUCCUAUUUUCCUAGAGAGCUAUAGAGAGUCACUGGGACGUGGAGUAAAGAGGAAGUUGGGAGUGUAACAGAACACCCAGAAAAAAGAGAGAUGCGUGUCCGUUUCUGUGUAGAUUAAAGGUAGAUCGGCGUGAUCUGUUCUUGGAUUUCUUUUGGUCUUCUCAGCAGUGGCUCCGUGUCUCAAUAUUUUUAAUAAUGUUAACUUCAGUCUCAUCUGGAUCCUUCCAGAGUAGCAGUUCUUUGAUGAGCUACAAUUGGGAAAAAUAACUUUUAACACAUUUUCUAUCUGACUGAGCUGCUCUGCAGAAGCAUAAGUGCAACACGUGAACAGAGAACUGCUAUGCUUGUAGCACUAACCGCCUCACUCUACGCUGUCACUGUGCAGUUUAUUACCCCUGACGUGCAACCUUUUCUGCUGUAGCUGUGAUAUCUGAUCUCCUCAAAACAACUGUAACACAUAUUAAUAAACUGUUUUUCUGUUUCACAUAGAGCACAGCAACAGUCAGCAAGGCAUAAUCCUGUUAAAUGCAAGAAAACACAUAUUUUAAAAAAGACUAAAACCUGUGUCAGCCCCACUGUUACUUCAUACAGCAUAUUCUUUGUGCCAACACACAUUCUAGUUGCAAAAUAAAAUGUUCAUUAUUUUCAGUCAUCAUACUGGUGUGUGUGUGUGUGUGUGUGUGUGUGUGUGAGAUGGAGCUGUAAUUUUCAUUAAAAAGUAAUUGGAUGCUAUUAAAUGCAUGAAAAUUGUUUAGAAAAAUACUGUUCACUGUUUCCCAGAGGCCAAGGUGACAUCUUCAAGUUGUUUAUUUGUCCAGUUAGCUGUCUUGAAUCAAAUUAUAAUCAAUUUAUUGUCAUAGAAAACUAAGAAAAUCAAGCAAAUAUUUACACUUGAGAAAGUGAGGUCUAUUUUUUUUUUUUUUUUGCUUAAAAAUAACUUUACUGUUAAUUAAUUGAUUAUCAACAAACUGUGUCCACUCCAGCGUGCAUGUUGUUUACAUUUUUUUGUACAUUUUCUCAAUAAGGGCCUAAUUGUAUUCAUUCCUCAAACGGGUGCUUAAAGUAUAGUAGCUGUGGCACUUGCUGUGUGUACAUCGAUAGAUUCACCACAGAAUAUCCAUGGUGGUGUUCCCAUUUCUCAACACUCUUCCCCUCAUUAUGCACAGGUUCCCCCUCAUUAGGUCCAAAGUGAGUUACAGUUUAAUAAAGAAGUGGGAAACGAGCCACAGCAAGUCAUUAGUAAGAUACUAUUACAUGAUAAUAUGUUAAAUAUUAACUGCAAGGCCAAACAGGGUCGAGAUGCUUCCAUAAUGUUGGACCUGUCUUUGAUAACUGUGCCUCAUUCGACUUUUGUCCUCACCCACAGUAACGUGCACAAGUCUUUUACACACAUAUCAAGCAAAGUUGAGUUAAACUGCUACAAAUUUUCAAGCCUAAAGAUGUAAUAAUGUAUUUUUUACUGUAGAUGAUCUUCAUAUAUAUGUAUUUUCAUCUGUGACUUAUUGUUUUGUCAAAUGUUGAUUUCAUAUUUGUAGAACUGCCUUCUAAGAAUCCUGGCCUGAUUGAGCGCCCGUAUCAUCAGUAUCCGUUUAUCAAACAGUAAUAUCAUGUUAUAGGGUCAGCUGACGUGUAGCUGUGGGUUCAACAGAAAUUAGGAUUUUUCAUAUAUUGUAACUCGUAUUAAAAUGUGUCCUCUGUUUUUA